AUGCAGUCUGUUUUAAUUUAAGUGAUUUGUCAUAAUUAUUGCAAUUGGUUAGAAUGCAAUGUAACAAUAUGAACGUGAGCAAUGUUGCAAGUGGUAUAAACCCAGACUUAGUAGAGAACCGCGAGAUUCAAAAAAAGAAAUUCAAAUUUAAAUCUUGUGAUGAUGGAACCCUACUCUACAUUCAUCACACCAUUUGUAAUGACGGGAACACGUUGCGAAUACGGUUUAUUCAUGUCUGUUUCAGUCAUAAUAAUGAAAAGUUAAUCGCAAUCGAUCAUAGAGGACAUAUUUUCGUGUUUAAUUUAGCGAGUGAAUGCUAUUGGGUACUAACAGAACACAUAGAGGGCAUCACAGCAGCAGAAUGCAUUCCAGAAACCAGCCAUCUCGUCUUAGGCAACAAAAAUGGCCUUAUGUGUAUUAUCGAUUAUGAUUCCGGCAACGAAUUAGUUCGGCUAAAAGCUCAUCAAACACGAAUCACAACGAUAAAGUUUCCCCCUUGGUACGCGAAAAGUCAUCGUGAGCAGUAUUCAAACCGCAAAAUACUUUUCCAAAAAUCGGAAUCUGUAGAACCUGAUAAUCGUAAUGAUCAACCAAGAGCAAAACCAACUAGAAGCUCACUAUUCCUUGUGCUGACGGUCGAUUGUGCAAAGUUAUACGAUAGACGUAAUUUCGUCGAAGUGCACCGAUUAAGUUACGGAUUGUCAGAUGCAAUGAAGCGAAUCGAUCUGUUUCAGUGGGUCCCAAAAGCGAGCAUGCUAAUGACGUGUGGAGUAGAUGGUAUAAUUCGAGUUUGGACGUGUGAUUUUAAACUUGUUAAAGAGCUGAACAUGAAGAAGCUGAAGGAAAACUACUUGAGGCAGUUUAGAACAGAUCCUAUUAGGUGGCAACCAGAGGAGGGCAUUCUGUGCGAAGGAGGCAAUUCCCAUAACGAAAUCGAGCGAUUGAUUCAGCACAUGAUUAUCGAUGAACGUUCAAAAGGAUACAUUAAGUCGGCUCAAUUUCUUCCAAGCGGGAAGUUUUUGAUACUAAAUUGUUUGGACAACUCUUUGAUUAUAAUCGCAUGCGACGCUUGGCAGAUUUGCAAAAUACUCGCGCUUACCAAUUUUCACCUUGCUCAUUUUGAAAUAGUGCACAUAGAUCAACCACCUUUCCAUUUCCGGGACGAAUUUACGAUUUUGGCAAAAACGGUUGAGGGUGAUUUGCUACUAAUGAAUUUAGAGAAAGGACAUAAAACCUACAUAGAACCUAGAAUGGAAUCCAAAUGCUAUAAAUUCCGUCUCUCGUGCAACGGUAAAAUGCUAGCCAACGUUCUGAAAAGCGGCGAAAUUUUACUCCACAAUUUGGAAUUUCACUCGCGUGCCUUGGAAGCGAAUAAAUUACAUCAGCAUUUGGGUCCAGCGAACGAGCCAACUGGAAAAAUACAUCCGCGCCCAUCGCAUGCGACUACAUGUGUUCCGACAGCUGCUCAACGUCGUCCGUCCGGAGAUCUGGUGACGAAUAGUAAUUUAGCCACCUCUUUACCGAGCUCGUCGUAUUCUACACCCACAAAGGUUGCAUCAUUUACUUCAACGAAUUCUGUCCCGAGUGCGUCUGUUUUCCGAAAUGAGAGCAAACUGAAAUUAGACAAACGGUUGGAAGAAAUUCACGAUAAGAUUUCCAAAACACUGGACAAAAACAGACUUCGGCCAAUACUGAAAGAAUUUGGCGAAUACCCCGAAAAGCAUCGGGCCACUAUUUGGCGAGCAUUGUUGGAGUUACCACAAAACUCCGAUUGCUUCAAUACUUUGCUGAUGAAGGGGAAUCACGCUUGUGUGUCUGACUACGAUGUGAAGUUUUCGAACUUUGAGGCGCGGAUUGUUCGAAACGUUAAAAAAUGUGUAUCCUGUCUCGCUCACUGGUCAUCGGUUUUUGCUCAUUGCGAUUUCCUGCCGUUUUUCGUGUUUCCCUUUGUAAGGAUUUACCACAAUGAUUCGCUUACUUGCUUCGAAACCGUUGCCACAGUUUUGCUCAACCAUUGCCAGCUGUGGUUUGAAUUCGUUCCACUGGAACCGUUCAAUUAUUUGGGCAUGAUAGAGAAUAUCCUGUGCGAGUACGAGCCUAAGUUGAUGAUUUUUUAUCGCGAGCGCAAUGUGUCUUCGCGAAUUUAUGCGAUGACAAUGAUGGAAACUGCCUUUGCGGAAAAUUUCAAUACUAAUCAAUGGAGUCGGCUAUGGGAUCAUGUGAUUUCGAAUGAGCCCUAUUUCAUGGUAUUUUUCAUCGUAGCGUACAAUGCGGGUCACAGAGCGACCAUCAUGAAGUGCACCACGGAGGAUGACAUAAGAGCAUUUUUCCAUGAACCAUCAGUGGCAGAUAUUAGCCGGGUGCUGAAAAGGGCAUACGAUAUGAUGGAAAAGUGUACAGACAACAAUCAUCCACGAUAUUAUAUGAAAUCCUUCCGCUCUCUUGGUGGCAUAACGGACUCAGAAAAGGGCACUAAUGAAUCAUAUCGUCAAAAAUCCAGCCGAAGUAGUGGAGGAUCUACUUGCAAUAGCACCUAUAGCAAGUUCAGUAAUUUCCCAAAACAGCUGGUUGAAAUCAGAGCAGAUGAAUUGAAUUGUUUGAAAACAGAACAAAACCGACUCGAAGCAAAGAUUUUGAAAAUGGAAAAGCUGGAGAGCACGCUGCACAAUCGAAUGAUGGAUAGUUUGGUACAGGAAGAGCAUGCCAAGCGUAUGAAAGAGGUGGAGCGGAAAUUCGAGGAGGCUUUGGCAACAGAAGUGAGGAGAAUUGAUAUGCAGCGUAAACUUUUGUUGCUUCAUAAGAAACAACUUCGAGAGCGAGAAAAUGAAGUUUUGUUGGAAAGUAGGAACGUCCAACUGCGACAUAAUGCUGCAGCUCGGGAAUCUGAACUUGACAGGUUAUUGAAAACUCUGCAACGCGAGAGAUUGCGAGACGAAACGGAUAUGAUGUUUGCCGAAGAGGACAUCAAGUUGAAAGAAAUGGAACUGCAAGCACAUCAGCAAGAGACAAAUCUUAAACUCGUAGAUGACAAUUCUUUGGAGCAGCGAUACCAUCAGUCUAUUCAACAAUUGGAACGCCAGAAACGGAAACUCCAGCAGGACAUUGAAAGGGUAUCGUGUUAUAAUCGAUCAGGCCUGCUAUAUGAAAAUUGUAGUAGUAUCAACAACCGAAUGGCGCCUACAGAAGGCAUUAAGACUGCAAAAGGAACGGAAAUAGAAGAAUAUUCGGAAAGGAUGAAGGACAUUUAUGCUCAAUUGGAAGCGCUGAUUGACGCACAGCAAAACGAGAUUAACCAUUGAUGCAGUAUGGAGCACGUUUUUACCACAUUUAAAAAAAAAUAAGUCAAGCCAUUUAUGUAU